CCGUCGCGAGUAGUAUUUAUCAAACAUGAUUCUCAAUAAGUUGUGCGCUGGCUGUCGACCCACGCGGCCAAAACUGUUAUCUAAUCCAGUGAAAAGUGUAACACGUGAAAAUGAAAUUUCCUCGAGAAGUUUGCACUUCACAUUCGUGCCGGAUAAGAAAUCCCAAAAAGCGGGAGAGACCCAAAGACUGAACAUGUUCCAGGCGAUAAACGACGGGCUAAAAUUGGCAUUGGCACGAGAUCCAACGGCAGUUAUUUUUGGCGAGGAUGUAGCCUUCGGAGGAGUCUUCCGGUGCACUAUGGGCUUGAAAGAUCAAUUCGGAGCUGAUCGGGUAUUCAAUACUCCAUUAUGUGAACAAGGUAUCGCCGGGUUUGGAAUUGGUCUUGCCAAUCAGGGUGUAACAGCCAUUGCGGAAAUGCAAUUUGCCGAUUACAUAUUUCCGGCUUUUGAUCAGUUGGUUAACGAGGCAGCGAAAAUGAGAUACAGAAGUGGCGGCCAAUUUAACUGUGGAAAAUUGACAGUUCGCAGCCCGUGCGGGGCGGUGGGACACGGUGGGCUGUACCACUCGCAGAGUCCAGAGGCCUAUUUCGCGCACACACCAGGACUGAAGAUUGUUGUGCCUCGAGGUCCAAUUCAGGCGAAAGGCUUGCUGUUGAGUUGUAUCGAGGAUCCGGAUCCAUGCAUAAUAUUCGAACCAAAGGCACUUUAUCGUGGUGCAGUGGAUGACGUACCCACUGGUGAAUUCAGAACGCCAAUUGGCAAGGCUGAAGUCCUGAGAGAAGGGACCUCGGUGACACUGGUUGGCUGGGGCAGUCAGGUUCACGUUUUGUUGGAGACUGCUGAUAUCGUUGAGAAGAAACUCAAUGCAAGCUGCGAGGUCGUGGACCUCGUAUCGAUACUCCCCUGGGACACCGAGGCCGUCUGCAAGUCUGUCAAGAAAACUGGAAGACUGGUAAUAGCUCACGAGGCCCCUUUGACAAACGGAUUUGGUGGUGAAAUUGCAGCUACUGUUCAGGAGGAAUGCUUUCUACAUCUCGAGGCGCCGAUUCAGAGGGUCACCGGGUGGGACACACCCUUUCCUUACAUUUUCGAGCCUUUCUAUUUGCCAGACAAGUGGCGCUGCUUCGACGCCAUCAAGAGGAUCCUAAAAUACUAGAGUUACAUUGGGUCGCUGUUAUUUUUUUUAUUCUCUACCUUUGAACCUAUUAAUACAGUUACAUGUGUCACGUUUUAUUCACGUGCUCGCAACCGGUAUCACCUAGCAAGAACAUUAUUUCAACGUUGAGGCGCAUGGCAACCGACUUGCAGGUCCGGUCCAGGCUCCUGUGGGUAAUUUUAUCUACGCGCGUGAUUUAUCAAUACCGCAGGAUCUCUCAGAGCAACAGAUCGUUUCGUUCGUUAUUAUUUUCAUUAAUUUUUCUUAAUUAUCCAGGUGAAUAAAUUAAAAAUAACUCAGAAAUUGGCGCAAAGAGAGAAAUUCUGAGGAGCAAUUUGACGGUGACUUCUGUUAUUAUUGAAUGAUCUUAUUGAAUUUGAAGAAUAAAAAAAUUUAAUUUAA